CUUUAGAUUAACGGAAAGUUUGAUGACUGACUCUUUCUGAUGACCGAAGAUACGUUUGAUUGUGACGGUUGAAUUAUGGCUUUCACGAAAUUUCAAGUGAUUAUUGCUCUGUGUGGAGUAUUAAACGAGACAAGGGGUUUUAACUACUGUAAGGUAAACGGGUGCAGACCGAGGGAACACACUAUGUGCAAAUAUCCCGCAAACAAGCCCGACUGUAAAGUGGUGAAGGUGGGACUAGACGAUGAUCAGCGCGAGACAAUUUUGGAAACUCACAAUAAAUUAAGGCAGAAAGUAGCCCAAGGGAGAGAAGAAGACCAACCGGCGGCAGCGAAUAUGAUGAAGCUCUCGUGGAACUACGAAGCGGAGAACAUCGCUCAGAGGUGGACAGAAAGGUGCCCAAUUGAUAAUGAUUCGUGCAGAAGGAUGAAGGAUGGAACGGCCGUAGGACAGAAUGUACACGUUUUACACCGCUACGUUGAAGCAACGAAUAGGACAAAAAUUGUAGACAAAAUCAUAAAACAUUGGUACGAAGAGGUGAGUUUCGUGCAUCCUACGAGUGUAUUCGAUUUUACUUCUGUGCAUGGUGUAAGCAAUGAGAUGAUAGGCCACUACACCGCCAUCGUCAAUUCUAACACUAAACAGUUAGGGUGUGGCUACGUAGAAAUGGAUCAUUUUAGAAAUGAUAGGGUUGGAUCCAUACUAACAUGCAACUAUGUACCCUCCGGGAACGUGAAACACAGGCCGAUCUACAAAAUGGGACCAGGUUGCAGUGCUUGCCCUAAGGGAUCCAAGUGCAGCGUGAGGUAUCCUGGCCUUUGUACGGAUGAGAAAGACGAAUAUAAGGACAUUCCCAAACACAAACCUAGAGGAGCUCAGUCGAUAAGAAUAAACCCCUCAUUAUCUUCUUUAGUUGUCCUCUUCGUUCACGUUUACUGCUAUGAAAACGGUCUAUCAUAAAUAAUCAUAUCAACAAUUAAAAGUUAUGAAAACUAUA